AUGUUUCCGCCCGUCCUGAGGGUAAAAUCCCGAGAAGGGUAUCUUCCAGAGAAUGCGCCGGUUGGCACGACCGUCAGGAUAUCACCUUCAAUGAGAGCUGAAAGCCUACAGAUUCUGGUUGAAGAUCAGGAUUUGGUGAGUACUUUUUUAAAUUUGAUGACAAAGAAGCAUUCAUUUAGAAGCCAGGAAUGAUGCCAGCAAUCUAUCAGUAUGUAAUCAAUGGAUUUGGAGCCGAAAAGUUCGCAGUUGAUCAACGAGGAUUUCUCUAUCUUAAUUCAGAAGGAUUAGAUGCAGAUUCCAAUUCAUCAUCAUUCCAACUUCACAUUCAAGCUCGUGAAGUUGACACAGAACCGUUAAGGAGUUCCGACCCAAUUUCACUUACGAUUCAUGUCAUGGACGUCAACGACAACUCCCCUUAUUUUGAGCAACCAGUCUACUUUGCCAACGUAUCCGCCGAUGAUGCAAUUGAGAGAUUUGUGGCCAAAGUUAAGGCCACAGAUCUGGAUUCUGGAAGAUUCGGACGUUUGACAUACAAGAUUGUCGAAGUGAGUGAUGGGGCCGAACGAAACUUCAAAUACGAUGCUCAAAACAAUGUUCUCUCAGCCAUCGGUCGGCUCUCCUCAGGUCAUCGAUAUCGUAUCACAAUCGAAGCCCAAGAUGGCGGGGGAUUAACUGGUCGGACAACUGUACUUGUUUUAGCUCUCCCAUCUACCACACAAGCGUUUACUCCGCCGAUCUCUGCUCAAAUUCCUCAAUCAAUAUUGUCGAUGAACCAGCCAGGAAAUCAUGGAUCAAGUCAGAGUCAGCCAAGUGUCCCAAAGUUUCCUCAAAAACAACUUCUGGAGCCAACGAAUCCAGUGACUCCGUUGCUACCAUUGACGGCGUUUACUUUAGCUCCGGAGACGACGUUGAAGCCGGUUUCAUCUCAAGUUCAGACCAUUCUGACCGAACUUAACGAAGCCACUCCGCCUCAUUCCAUUGUGGCUGUUCUUGGAGUUAGUUUUCUUUUGCUCAUACGUAAUAGUAUUAACUGUACUUCAAUGUCUUUUUAGGACAACGACUCCCGUCAAUACGUUUACUUUACGAUUGUGGAAGGCAAUGAAGCCGGGAAGUUUACAAUCGACCAGUCAACGUAAGCUCCAAGAGUUUUUUUUUUAAAUUGAUUUCAGCGGGGCUGUAACGACAACACAAGAAUUUGACCGGGAAGAAGUAGACUUGUACACUCUUCAGAUCGAAGCCAGAUCUAAACAUCCGGACCAAUCUUUGUAUUGGACUCUUCUGCAGGUUAUUAUUACGGUAGGUUGUUUAUAUAGUCAUAUAAAUAGCUGUAUUAUUGUAGGAUGCUAACGACAAUGCCCCAGAAUUCGAAGGGACUCAGCCGUUUGUUUUCCAACUCAAGUUGAAUGAAAUGACUGGAUUCCCAUCAAAUAUGGAAGUAGGGAGAGUGAAGGCGACAGACAUUGAUAAAGAUGACAAUGGAAAGGUCUCUUACAGAGUUGUGCCCCCUAAGGACAAACUCUUCAAGAUUGAUAGUCGAGGAAUCAUCAGAAUUAAUGGGGAAUUAACUUCUGAACAUUUUGGAGAAAGCGAGAUUGUAAUAGUCGCAGCUGAUCACGGAAACCCCCCAUUGGAGACAAGCGCCAAGGUUAAGGUGAUCGUGGACGGUCUUUCAUCGUCUGCCAAAUCAUCUGAAGUCUACAACACAUCUCCAACGUUCUUUAGCCGCGCCACUCUCCCUCCAAGUUUUGCUACUCAAUCCCCGAUGACUAAAUUAAUCUCUCAGAUUCAUUCAGUCAUGCCUGCUAUAGAAUCGGGAUUUAUGCUGACAAAAGCGACAUUACCAUCCACAAUUCCGGUCACAACAACCACAGCACGGACCACAACACGGAGACUAACAACCACAGUCAAAUCAACGACUUUAACUACAACCAAGACUCCAGUAAGGAAGCAGCCCGCAUCUCCCAGUACCACAGCCACCAAGACAUCUUCCGUUCCUACGGUUGUGGCGACACGUGCCCGUCCUUCCUCCAAGCCUCAGCCCACCCCUCCUCCUCGACUUGCCCCCAUCUUCUCUACCCCAACACUCAGUGUGAUGGUGGAAGAAAAUGACAGUGAUCUUGAAUUGGCCACCAUCGAAGCUCAUUAUCCAGACGAACAACCAGGCCCAAUCACUUAUGUCAUGAUCGAGGGAGACUCUGAUAUCUUCUCCAUCUCCUCUUACACUGGCAAACUGACCUUGCUAAAGGCGCUGGAUGCGGAGUCAGAUCAAGAAUAUCGACUGGUAAUAUCCACCCAGGAAGCUCAGAGUAUGCCCAUGGAUCCUCUUCUCGCUCAUGCGGUUGCAAUUACUGUCAAGGUGUUGGAUGUAAAUGAUUGGAUUCCCAACUUUGAGACCAAUAACUAUGCUUUUACAAUUGCUGAUAACACUGAACCGGGUACGGUAAUUGGACAAGUAACUGCGUUUGAUCAAGACAGAGACGAGCCGAACAACAGAAUCCAUUACCGAAUGGUCAAGGAUCACGAUGCAAACGGAUUCAUAAGUGUGAAUGCUCAAAGUGGACUCAUCACCUUGAAUAAACCAGCCAAAGAAUUGAGUGGGAAAAAGAUUACGGUAGUCGUGGAGGCACAGGAUGAAGGAGAAUUACCUCAAUCCACCCAGACCAAUGUUGUGAUUACUGUGGAAGAGUCAAGGACCGAAGUUAUUCCUCAGGUGGAAGGAAAUACCAAGCCGAAACCAGAUGCGGUUCAAUUUACGCAGAGGAAUUUCACGUAAGAAUACACUGAUAACUAAUGUUUAAUGUAGUUGAUUAUUUUUUCUAAAACUCUCAAUUUAAGGGCUUCUCUGAUGGAGAGUGUGAGGGCACCCCACUUUGUGAUGCUCCUCCCAGUCAUCAACAAACCCAAGGAUACCAGAUUCGUGAUGUGCGCCAUUGUCUCGGGCAACUACCGACAAGCCUUUAGUAUUUCCCCAGGAACUGAUGGCAACUGCGAACUAAGAACACAGUCAGCUCUUGAUCGGGAGACUAUUGAGAAGUACCUUCUCAACAUUACCAUCACUGCCGGGCUCCAAACAGAUUACACUUUGGUUUCGAUCACGGUGCUGGAUGUGAAUGACAACGCUCCCUCCUUUAUUUUCCCCUCAGAUCUCUCACUAAAGGCGUAUUUUGCUGGAGUUCCGUCCAAUUCAGCUGCCUUCUCCCGAGUUAUCAAUGUCAAGGCUGAAGAUCCAGACCUUGGACCAGCUGGCCUAGUACAAUAUGAACUUGAUCCAAGCUCCGUGAAUUCGAAAUACUUCCAGAUUGAUAGGGAUUCAGGGGAGAUUAUUCUGAAGCAAUCGAUGAUCCAAUUGACCCAGAAUAACAAGAAGAGCUCCUUUGAUUUCAAAGUUCUGGCCUGCGAUUCCCCUCAAACCGGAGAGCGUCUAUGUUCAAGUGCAGAUGUUUAUGUGACCGCCAUUUCUGAUCAACAUCGCUUUGGAAUUACGUUGAAAGGAAGUCAACCACAACAAGUCAGAGCGCAUGAACAGGUGGGUUAAAGUUAUAUUAACCCUGGUAUAUAUGUGUAUAGGAUAUAAUCAAAGCACUCCGACAAUUCACGGGUGCCUGUACCUUACUAUCAAUGGAGAAGAUGACAGAAAAAACCGAAGGAAAAGAUAACGUUAUCAAUUUGUACUGGUAUGCUCAGAAUCCCACUACCCAUAAAAUCUGUCGAAAACAAGAAUUCAGGUACUGUAAUUCAUUAACAAAAUAAUUUCAUCAUUUUUUCACAUCUUCAGAAAGCUAUUCGAAAAAAGUUCGGAAGACUUGUUAGCCGGCAAACUGCAACCCUGGUUCAGUAUGUCGAGUCUGAAUGACAAUGUGGCCGCUGAUUCUGGAAAAGCACCUGGAUUGAUGAGUCAAUUCUUCGCAACAAUGGAUUGGAACAACUUUACAAUUGUUUGUUUCGUGCUAACAUUCGGUGUUCUGGUCCUGGUUAUGAUCCUGAUCUGUGCUUUCUGUUUUUACAAACAAAAGAAGAAGCAUCGGAGGCAUGUGCACACUUACCCGAAUGUAUAUCCGCUGCCUAAAUACAGCACAGCCAUGUUUAUGAACACCAUGGAGAGGGACAAAUACGAGACUCAGAUUCUGGAGAUGCCGAUGAGUGACGAAGACUUCGCCACCCUCAAACAGAGUUCAUUACAUUCGGAGCCCCGAUUGGCGAAUGCCCAUUACCGACCGGGAAAUAAUGUCUAUCGCCCGGGACAGAACCACCUAUAUGCCCGGAGUAAUGUCAGCAAGUUCCACGACGAUGGAGAUUUCUCCGUGGAGGAGAACAUGUAUGCAAUCCACACUCCUUCUCGGUUCGAUCCACAAAGGCAAGUCCAAUGUCCUUGCGUUAACAUCUUUCAGAAUCCCGUCCAACUUGAUCCCUAUGCCUGAUUACAACCAGAGCUUCUCAAACCACAAGAAAAGUCUGCUCUAA